CAAACCCCCUCCUGCUCGCCAGACACAUUUGAAGCUAACCUUUACUGCACUGACGGCUCUGUAAGUUACGACAUAAGUGUGCAUUAUGCAUUGGACGUACAAUGUGUUAGAUGUAUUUAAAAGUUAAAAAUUUUUAUAUAUAUUUUUUUGAAAAACUCGAUAAUUAUGCCGUGUAAAUUAUAUUUUGGUAAAAAUUUAGGUGUGCGGAAAGUAUGCUGUCGAUUGGACCAAAAAUGUGAGCGUCGUACAACUCAAGAGUUUUCGUUUAGUAUUCUACAUAAAUCAAGUAAGUAUUUCGCCAACUAAAGUAAGUAUUUUACUAACUGCAGUACGGUAAGUAUUUCUAUAACUGCAGUAAGUAUUUCGCUAAUUGCAGUAAGUAUUUCGCUAACUGCUUUAAGUAUUUUGCUAACUAGGUUAAGAAUUUUCUUUAACUACAGUAAGUAUGUCCCUAACUUCUGUAAGAAUUUCGCUAACUGCAGUAAGUAUUCCGCUAAUUGCAGUAAGUAUUCCGCUAACUGUCGUAAGUAUUUUGUUAACUAGGUUAAGAAUUUUCUUUAACUACAGUAGGUAUUUCCCUAACUUCUGUAAGAAUUUCGCUAACUGCAGUAAGUAUUCCGCUAAUUGUAGUAUUUCACUAACUGCUGUAAGAAUUUCGCUGGUUAAAAAAACCCCCCAAAGAAUGAAAAGCAAACGAAAAAUCCUUCCUGUCGUAAUUUUGUAGGCGUGCUCAUCUGUGUGCAGUUAAACAGGCAAAUCCUGUUUAACUGCACACUUUAGUACUGAAGUGUUCGAUAUCACAUUAUUUAGAGAUGCUGAAUUGUGAUAAAUGUUUAUUAUGAGAUUCUUUCUCUUCUUUUUCUUAGCAAUAUAUAUAUAUAUAUAUAUAUAUCAUUUUAGGUGUAGGGUAAGCAAUUUUCUGGUCAUGUGGAUUACUUAUCAUCCAAAGUGAAACUAUUGGCUCAUGCAAACGUGUUAUGAAACAAAAAUAUUUUACUUUCAACCAUGCUUUAAACAAGAUAAUAAUAAGUAUUUUGUAGAGAGCCUUUCGCUCUAGUUAUUUUCCUUCUUUUUGUCACAAUUGUAUACAAACUUUUCACUCUAGUUUUGUCUCUACCACCAAUGUAGAGAACAUUUUCACUCUAGUUCUGUCUUUGUCACCAUUUGUAGAAAAUUGUCUUUCUAGUUCUGUCUCUGCUCACUAACUAUUUCAGCUGGAUGAUAACCUCUUUCACUCUUUCACUCGAACUGCAACAAUAAGUUUAGAAACUGUUUAUGUUUAGCUUUCCACUUCUAUUCUCGGCAAUUAUGUUCAAGCGCAAGAUUUUGAAAAUCAGCUAGGACUGUCCCGACUUUUCUGACUGUCCAGUUGGUCCACUGCUUGAUCUUCGGUCCUUCAACCACCCGUCUCAAUGACUCACCCCUUCGUCUCUACGACUUAACCCUACGUCUCGGCUCUGCUCUGCUCUCCGACUAGGCUCUUCCACAGUUCUCCAGAAUUUUUUUUAAUAAGCCUCCAACUCUACCCUUAUAUUCGUGUCCCUGUCUCCUCCAUUUGUUGACCAUAAACCUAAUUUCUCCCUGGUCACUCUGUUUAAUGAUAGGAUCACUUGGAUAACCAACUGGCAGGAUGUUAGUACGGACGAGAGAAAGCGAUAAACCAGCUUGUGUGUAUCGGCCUCCCAUCCAACUUGCAUCCCUGCACUGCUACAUUUUAUAACCCAAUAAAGAUAUUACAACUAAAACAAAAAUGACACUCUAAAUUGAUAUAAACGUUUUAACAUUGGUUAGCCUUAAGUCCAUAUUGUCUUAGCUGAAGUCUUAGCUGAAGUCUUAGCUGAAGUAGCUCUUCAAACUGCAGCAUCAAAUCCACUUUGCUAAAUUAAAUGCAAUUUCUAACAAAUAACCAAUCGGGUAAUCUAAAUAUAUCCUCCAAAAUUCAAUGAAACUUAUUUCCAUAGCACAAACCUAGCAGAUUAUCAUCAUAUAAAUUGUUAUGUUCAUUCAAAAUCAGACGCGACAUUAAAAAAUGCAUCCGACGAUAGCUUAAAUGCCCUAAUUUUGAUACAAGCGUUAACUUUUAUUAAGACCUAUUGCUGCUCUUCUCAGUGGUAUUUCCUGCAAUUGUAUUUAUUUUAAAUAAAAAAUUUCAAAUUUAUUUCCAAGAUCAACUCAAUUAGUCAUUUUUAUAUUUUACCACUGAUAUUUUUUUUUUUUAAUUUACUUUUUUUUUUUCAAAGUUACUCACGCAGUUUGACUCUUGAUUUGAAAUAAAAUGGAAAUAAUUCUUUAUAGAAGCCCCACUAACGUUGUCGUCAUAAGGGAAACCAACUUCACACUUUGUGUUAUAGUUCGUUUCUUACAUAUAGCCAGGGACCUCCCAUAAAUAAACCUAGUUUGCAAAAUGGUGGCACCUCAUACAUUGAUAAAAUGUAGCAUCAUUUACAUUGAGAAAUGUUGGAACCAAAUACAUUGAGAAAUAGUGGCGACACACAUUGAUAAAUGGUAGUACCACAGCAUUAAUAAAUGGUGACACCACAUGCAUUGAGAAAUUAGGGCACCACAAAUUUUGAGAAAUAGUGGCACCAUAUACAUUGAGAAAUAUAUACAUUCACCUCAAUUUAAAAUAUAUUAAAAAUAAACUUUCACAUCACUUGUAAAUAAUUAUAAAUUUAAAUAUUCAACUUACUUGAAAAUAGAUACAAAUGUAUACAUUCUCCUCACUUGUAAAUAUUUAUAAAUAUAAAUAUUCGCCUUAUUUGAAAAUAUAUACAAACAUAAACUUUUACAUCAUUUCAUUAACAGAUAAAAGGUUUUAGAAUUACAAAUGAAGAGGAAUGCAACACAGUUGACGGGAGAAGUAAUCAGAUCCCUAUACGUUGCAUACCACGUAAGAGAACUUGUAUUAAUUUCACUAGUGUAAUUUGGGAGGUCAGCGUGCAGGUCAAAGCAAUAUGAAAUAAAUCAUACAGAUAGGGCGAAAACAUGUGAGGUCGUUAGACUUACCAAAGAAUGUUUAGACUGAAAAGUUGUCAUCCGCAGACAAAGAGAGACAUAAAUAGCCACUUAGCCGAUAGAAGGUCACCUAAGAAUUCUGUAGACCCCUACAGCUAAUCGUGUCUGUUUGUCCACUUUUGUCUGUGUUGAAGACCGUCCAGUCGACACGUUCUUCUUUUAGCUCAACUAUCCAACUACCUUUUGUGUUUAUUGCACGUUCAUGUUACUAUUGGGACUUAUGUUUUAUUUGGCGGUAAUAUGAUAACCGUCACCUUGUCAAAACUCAGUGUAAUAAUCCAGGGCUGAAUUUACAGGGCUGAAUCGUUUCCAAACUUUUAUAUCGAAAAAUUACCAUUUGUAUUGUAGAUAGCGUGAGAUAGAGAGAGAGAGAGAGGAGAGAGAGGAAAGAGAGACAGAGAGUGAGAGAGAGAGAGUGAGAGAGAGAGAGUGAGAGAGAGAGAGAGAGAGAGCGAGAAAGGAGUAGAUUUAGAAAAGAUUAUUUUUAUGUACAAUAGUUUGAAGAAAACGUGUUUUUGUUAUUUGUGUGUGUUUUUGUUUUAAAUCAUGCAUUUUAAAUAUCUGAUCAUGCGCGUUUAACGUUUAUGAUAUAAGAUGUUUUUUUAAAAACUAGCUUAAAUUAAAUAUAAAUAAAUAUAUGUUUCUGGUCUUUCAGCAAAUGCUGUAAUACGGUUAAAAGGAAAUGCUUUUGGAGCUGACUUCUUAUCCUACGAUGUUGUCAGCACAUCCACAACCGUAACGUGGUACACUGAAAAGGAGCAUGUUCACAAAAUACUGAAAAUUCUUAUCGGUACGUCCCGAAAAAAUCGCAACAAUCUUACCAUAAUUAAUGAACAAGCUGCUCUCGUUGAUCUGGCUCUUUUUAGUGGUGCAGAUCGAAUUUGAACCGUGCAGACAGGGAUGUUGAGCGUUUAGAGGAACAGAUGAGAUGUUUAACACAUGAUAGUUGACAAAAACUUAGACUCUUGUUACCCAUAUUGUAAAUAUCUCAAGGGAUAUUUUAAUAAUGGAACCCCAUUUUUUGUCUAUCAGAGCAUGUGAUAAAAACGUCUGGUCAAACUGAUAUUUCUCAACACGUUUUUUUUAAAAACUUUGUGAGAUCUGAGGUCUGAGUUUAAUCUUUUUAAAAUAUUUAGUCUUUGACUGCAUGGUCUAAACGUCAUGACAUCAGCCAAAAAAGUGUCAGAGACUACGUGCUCUAAUUAUCAUGACAACGGUCUACAAACUACCAAUUGUUACUUAAAACCAAACAAUAAUUUUAAUUUGUUUUUAAAUUAGUAUUUUUUCCACGUUUCUUUGCAAUUUUUCUCUUCCAGAUGGAGGCAGUCUAUCUCCAGGAGAUUUUGUCUUUUUCACAGACCUAUUAAAGACCGAUGAUUUGUCCUCGUCAUUAUUUGAUUUUCCGGUUACCUGCCCAUAUUUCGAGGGUUACGAUCCUCAGUAA